CCACUCCAGUAGUAACGGGAAAUUGGUGAACGCGUGUUCACGCCCAAUCCGUUUGCGCUCUUGGUGUGGAAAAAAAGGUCUGGUAUAUUUAUAGGCCUACAAGUGGCGUGUAGUGUAGGCAAAGCCAAUUAACCACAAAACAGCUCUGGUGUUUGGUGAUAUAUAAGUGGAUAAUGAAUUGCAAGCGUGUACACUGGACAACCAAAGAGAAUACGUUCAAUAGAAUGACGUGCUGGUUGCCGGUUUGUGUGAUCCUGUUGAUGGCACUCCAAGACUCUUCGCAGGAGAGAGUUGAAGGUUUUACAAGAGGGAAGGUUAUUUUACCAUGUAGGUACAAUGCAAUGCCUGCUAAAGAGGUCACCAUAUUUUGGCGAUACAAGGAUGACCGUAAUGUCUACAAUAUUGUCAGUGGAAAAUCAGACUUGACAGACCAAGACCGUCAGUUCAGAGACAGAACCAGGAUUUUCCCUGAGGAAUGGGCAAAUGGCAACUUCUCUCUCCUACUGACUGAUCUCAAGGACUCUGAUAGUGGGAGUUAUUCAUGUUUCAUACCAAGAGUGAACAUUCUGCAUCAAGUGGAACUUUCUGUUCAAGAGAAACCAACUCCUGAAGUUGGUCCAAAGAGCAGCAGCAUGAGCAUCAAAGGACAGAACCUCAUCCUCUUCCUGUUUCUCCUCCUCAGUCCAGAUCUCCAUUUCCUUUGAUGUACAUCACAUACAUUGGUCAUUGUACUGCUUAUGAGACUGUUGACAAGUUCUGAGUGGUUAAACUGCUGAAAUACUUAUUUUUUUUCUUUAAUGUAUGUAAUAAGUGACUGCAAAUAUAUAUCUUGCUUGAACCACCUUCCUAGAGGUGAGUAAAAUAGUUAUUCCAAAUUGCAUGAAGCCAAAGUGUACUGAUAGGACCACUGCAACACCUAAUGGGGAUCCUAGUAAAAUACCAAACAUUUUAGCUUUGCUUUUGUGAACUAAAUGUAAUGAACUUUUAAUACAAUAUUUGUUCUGAUUUAAAGGCAUAAUGUUUUUAAAAACCAGGGCCAUCUGUUAAAUCAAAUUGGAAAUAGAAUUGAGUCGAUGUGUCCCUUCUGUCAACAAGGUGCAGCUUUACUUACUAAGAUAUUGAAGUAUUUCCAGAUCAGUUAUUAAUAUUGUACUACCAAAUGACAUACGUUUUGUUGAUAUCUUGAGAUUGAACAUGUGCUCCACAGUAAAAAGCGUAUUAGUUCAGUCAACCUUUCAAUUAGAAAGUAUUUUACUUUGACACCACAGUAUUUUUAAAGGAAACAUAUUCACUUCCUCAAUGCUCUAUAUUAAAGAGUGUUUCUUUUAGCUUUUUGUAAACUAUGGUUUGAUCAUGUUGUUGCAUUGUGUGUUCAGACAGAUGUCUGUUAGAAGGAGGAAGUCAGUUCAGUCUCAAAUAUUUAUCCCAGCUCUGAGGAUGUCGAGGAUUGUUGCCUGUCUGCUCUGUAAGACUAUUUAUUAUUCUUAUGUUAUUUAUUUUACAUUCAUUUUACAAUAAAUGAAGUGUCUCAUGGA